AAAAAGGUAUGGCACUCUUCAGAGGUAGGGGAGUGGAGGAGAUUACAGACCAAAAGUGAAGUUAGCAGCAGUAUGUUUGCAAACUGAGGUGUAGUCUGCCGGUAUAUAGAAAAGCUUCUUCAAUUCUACUUACAUAAGUGGGCGAGUAAGACUUUUCAAAAAUGCGUGAGUGUAUUUCCAUUCACAUUGGCCAGGCUGGAACCCAGAUUGGCAAUGCAUGCUGGGAGCUCUUCUGUCUGGAGCACGGUAUACAGCCAGAUGGUCUGAUGCCAAGUGACAAGACCACUGCAGUCGGUGAUGACUCCUGUACCACAUUCUUCAGUGAGACGGGAGCUGGCAAACAUGUUCCCAGAGCCAUCUUUUUUGACUUGGAGCCUACUGUCAUAGAUGAAGUUCGCUCUGGAACGUACCGCCAGCUCUUCCACCCUGAACAACUGAUAACUGGGAAGGAAGACGCCUCCAACAACUACGCCCGUGGCCACUACACCAUAGGGAAGGAGUUCAUUGAUCUGGUUCUCGACAGGACACGAAAACUGGCUGAUCAGUGUAAUGGACUCCAAGGUUUCCUAAUAAUACACUCCUUCGGUGGAGGAACUGGCUCAGGUUUCACCUCCUUACUGAUGGAGCGUCUCUCUGUCGAAUACGGGAAAAAGUCCAAGCUGGAGUUUGCUGUUUACCCUGCACCUCAGGUGUCCACUGCUGUGGUGGAGCCAUAUAACUCCAUCUUGACCACUCACACCACCCUGGAGCACUCUGACUGUGCCUUCAUGGUGGACAAUGAGGCCAUAUAUGACAUCUGCCUACGAAAUCUGGAUAUUGAACGACCCACCUACAGCAACCUGAAUCGUCUUAUUGGUCAAAUUGUCUCCUCCAUCACUGCCUCACUGCGCUUUGAUGGAGCCCUGAAUGUGGAUCUGACAGAGUUCCAAACCAAUCUGGUUCCAUAUCCACGUAUCCACUUCCCAAUGGCCACUUAUGCCCCGGUCAUCUCUGCAGAGAAGGCUUACCAUGAGCAGCUGUCAGUGGCAGACAUCACCAAUGCCUGUUUUGAGCCAUCAAAUCAGAUGGUGAAAUGUGACCCUCGCCAUGGGAAGUACAUGGCAUGUUGCCUACUGUACCGCGGCGACGUGGUGCCCAAAGACGUCAAUGCGGCAAUUGCCAGCAUCAAGACCAAACGCACCAUUCAGUUUGUAGACUGGUGUCCCACUGGCUUCAAGGUUGGGGUCAACUACCAACCGCCCACUGUGGUUCCUGGAGGAGACUUGGCCAAAGUGCAGCGAGCUGUGUGCAUGCUGAGCAACACCACAGCCAUUGCUGAGGCCUGGGCUCGACUGGACCACAAGUUCGACCUCAUGUAUGCCAAGAGGGCCUUUGUUCAUUGGUAUGUGGGCGAGGGAAUGGAGGAGGGAGAGUUCACCGAGGCUCGUGAAGACAUGUCUGCGCUGGAGAAGGACUACGAGGAGGUGGGAACUGAUAGCGUAGAGGAUGAAGGAGAGGACGAGGGGGAAGAAUAUUAAGCUUGAGGAGCUUCUCUAAUGUCAGUUCGGGUUUAUUGUAUAUACACUAGUCAACAGUUGGGGUGUGUUUUUUUUUAUUUUCACUAAUUUCUCCAAUAAUACCAACAGAAGACAUCAAAUAUAUGAGGCUGGAAAGAAAAGAUAUUUCAUAACUAAAUAUUUUUAAAAACAUUUUAGAUGACUCAAAGGAGCAACCCUCUGCAAAUCCUUGGCCUUCUCAAUGAGCGUCAUGGUGUGAUCAACUGUUGGAAAACCAUUUUAGGCCAGUUUAGCUCAGCGAAAGAACACCAGUGGUGUACAAAUAAGACAGCAUAGUAGCCAUUUCAAAGAACCCAAAAUAUAAAACAUGUUUUGCAAUUUCACCCUUUUUUUGUUGACAUAAUUCCAUAGGUGGCGGUAGAUAUUGUAUAUUAAUGAUAUUUGUGAGGUGAACAAAUUAGCCAUGUGUUGUUUGCAGACAAACUCAUUUUAUCUACAUUGGAGAAGAUCUGAAAAUAUUAAUUGAGAACGCUGAAAAGGGGAAGACGUUCCAAAGCAAUACAAGACCACUGCCUCUGCUACAGAUGAAGGCUAUUAGAAUAAUGCAUAAGGCCAAGAGACAAGAGUCUGCUACUGGAUCAUCUACAGAAACUGUUUCAAAUAACUCCAGAUGAAGAAGAAGAGGGGGCUUCUACCAACCAAAAUGUACACCGCAAUAGUGGGAGUAAAAUGUUGAAGUCACUGACAAAAGAAAUGAAAAACCUACACAACAUGAUGCCUUUCAAGAAAAUGGAUCUGACACAGAUACUGCUAGAUAACUGGAGACGAAACUUCAAAGAUAAAAAAUAAAUGCCUUGCAAGCAUGUUGAGCAGGUUUUUCAUUUCCUUUGUCAGUGAGUGGUACAUGUGUCUCAGUGUGGUUCUACAAUAUGCUUGGAAGAAGUUCCCUCUUCUUCUCUGCUCCUCCUCAACUGGAGUUGGUUUCUUCUUAGGAGAUGAUUCUGGCUCUAAACAUGACGAGGUAGUGUUUGUCUCCUAAUAGCUCCUAAUACUUCAGUGCUAAUAGCCUUCUUUAUCAUAAUACCACACAAAUACACAAAAGUGACUGGAAGAAUAAACUGACACAAACAAAAGAGACUGACAGGACCACAGAAAUGAUCACAAAAGACAGAUACCAUCUUACACACAACCACAAUUCAGAAAAACAAGGAAAAGUGUUAAUAAGGGGCUGUAAUUAUAAGAUCUGUUCUUCAUUCUUCACUGCUCCUUUUCAACAUCAGUACAAUGUAAAAACAAUUAUUCAACGAAUUGUUUGCAAUGCAACAAUUGUGUGUUGAAUCAUGUGCCGUAAUAGUUAUAUAAUGGCAUUUAUAACGUAUUAGAGACUGAAAAAACAAUUUGUCUAUUUGUUGUCUGUAACAUAGUUUGCUCUUAAAAUAAAAGCAUUUCAGCAGUACAGUUUACUUCUCA